AUCGAUAACAACUCGCAUGCACUAAUCGACCAAACACGACUUUCACAUCGUUUGUUACUAAAGAGUUUUUAGCUGUGCUGCUGUGCAAAAAUAAUUUUCUGUGUUUCUAAAAGUGAAAGAAAGAAGUUAAUUAAUAAUAACAAAUGGGUGAUCAGCCUCCACAAAUGCCUAUGCCGCCCGGUGCCGGUCCCAUGCAAGGCGGUCCACCACCACCAUUGCUUGGCAUGCGGCCACCACCAGGUUUGUUGCCUGGACCACCGGCACCGCCAAUAUUUCCGCCCGGCCUUAAUAUGCCGCAUCAACAACUGCCGCCGCCGCAGCAAAUGCCACCACCACCACAACAAAUACCGCCACCAACUCAACAACAAUUGCAACCGCCGCCACAGCAGUUGCCACCGCCGCCAUUACAAAUGAAUCCGCAACAGUUGUCAAUGCAACCUAUGAACCCGCAACAGAUGCCGCCACCACCGCAUCAACAAAUCGCGCCACCACAACCAUGGACACAGGGACCACCACCAACACAACGUAUGGAGGUACCUAACAGUGAGCAAAUCGGGAGACCCAUGCCACUUAUGUCUAUGCAAGUUGAGAAACCUAUGGGUGGUAAUGGUAAUAAUACGUCGAGUAGUUCUACAGCAGCGGAUAGUGUGGGUGAAGUUGGCGAAAGCGGCGAAAAUGCCGAUGAUGACGAGAAAAAUAAGAAGCCAACCGAAGUGGUGCUGCCGAAAGCUUUGGAGGAUGUUUUAGCGUUAAAAGAUCAAAGGGCAGCAGAAUUUCAUGUGAAUGCGGAAGAUUUUACUUCGGAUGAAGCAAAUAGUGGUGGUGUUGGCAACGCUGGCAGUGGAGUUAUUGGUAAUGACUACGGCGAUGCCGGUGAUGACUCCGAUGAAGAAGGUGAAACGCAACUGAACGGUGGGCUAACCGGUAAAGGUGGUAAACAAAGUCGUGCUGAUAAAAAUAAGAAGAAGAAACGCAGAAAGAAGCAAAAUCGCAAACUUAGGCAGCAACGUGACCACGAGCGCACAAAUGACGCUGAAAAUGAUCAAACAACUGAAGUUGAAAGUAAAGCCGAUGAUGCAGAAGCUGAUGACGAUGCAAAGGUGGCAACGAAUGAAAAUAACUCGGAGGAUGAAAUAGAGGACAAAGAUAAAAAUAGAGAGAGCAAGAGCAAGAAGGACAAAAAGAGUAAGGAUAGGGAUAAGGAUAAAGAGCGACAGAAACAAAAGGAAAGCGCAGUUGAUAAGAAGGAUAAAUCGGAGGUUGUCGGUGAGGAUGAUGUGACCAUUGAAUACGUGCCCGAACGCAUAACAAUCGCCGAUUUAGCGCCAAUGUAUAGGCAAUUUUAUCGCGUUUUCGAGAUAUUUAAAUUGGAGAAUAAACCCAAGGUCGCCGAAAAGGACAAAACAAUUACGGAAAAUGAAGGCGCCGCUGUGCCCAAGAAGCCAGUCGAUAAGAUGCAAGAUGAUGAUGACGACGAUGACAAUGAGGAAACCAAAGAGGACAAGGAGAAAUUAUCUAAACGCAAACUGAAGAAACUCACACGCUUAAGCGUUGCUGAGCUAAAACAGUUGGUCUCACGUCCCGAUGUUGUUGAAAUGCACGAUGUCACUGCGCGUGAUCCCAAAUUACUUGUACAGCUGAAGGCUUAUCGCAACACUGUGCAGGUGCCACGUCACUGGUGUUUCAAGCGAAAAUAUCUGCAAGGCAAGCGUGGUAUUGAGAAGCCACCAUUCGAUUUGCCGGCCUUCAUCAAAAAGACUGGCAUUAUGGAAAUGCGUGAAUCGCUGCAGGAGAAGGACGAUGCCAAGUCAUUGAAGUCGAAAAUGCGCGAACGUGUGCGCCCCAAAAUGGGUAAAAUCGAUAUAGACUAUCAGAAAUUGCAUGAUGCCUUCUUCAAGUGGCAGACCAAACCACGCAUGACCAUACACGGUGAUCUAUACUAUGAGGGCAAAGAGUAUGAGACACGUUUGAAGGAGAAGAAACCGGGCGACUUAUCCGAAGAGUUGCGCAUAGCACUCGGUAUGCCAGUGGGUCCAAAUUCACAUAAAAUUCCACCACCAUGGCUUAUUGCACAACAACGUUAUGGACCGCCACCAUCAUAUCCUAGUUUGAAAAUACCCGGCUUGAAUGCGCCCAUACCUGAGGGUACAUCGUUCGGCUAUCAUGCCGGUGGUUGGGGUAAACCGCCUGUGGAUGAGAAUGGCAAACCAUUGUACGGCGAUGUAUUUGGCACAAAUAUUAUGGACUUGGAUAGUGGCAUUGACGAGGGCGAUAUUGAGCGCAAUCAAUGGGGUGAACUGGAGUCUGAGUCUGAGGAGUCAUCCGAGGAAGAGGAGGAGGAUGGUGAAGAUCUGGCUAACCAGCCAGACGAUAGCGGUCUCGUAACGCCAGCUGAAGGUUUGGUAACACCAUCGGGUCUAACAAGUGUACCCGCCGGCAUGGAGACGCCAGAAACGAUUGAAUUGCGUAAGAAGAAAAUCGAAGCCGAAAUGGAAGACAAUGACACACCCGUUUUGUAUCAAGUACUCCCCGAAAAGCGUACCGAUCGUGUUGGUGCUUCCAUGAUGGGCUCCACACACGUCUACGAUAUUAGUGGUGUCAAUAAACCGGCAGCACGUGCCGCUGUCACCGUUGAUCGUGAGGGUACCGUCGAAUUGGCUUUGGAUCCAUCCGAAUUGGACUUGGACAAUGAGGCGAUGGCACAACGUUAUGAACAACAAAUGCGCGAACAACAAAGUCAUUUGCAAAAGGAGGAUCUCUCCGAUAUGUUGGCCGAGCAUGUGGCACGUCAGAAGUCGAAGCGUAAGCGGCAGCAAGCCGACACAACAAGCAAAACCACGAAGAAGUAUAAAGAAUUUAAAUUUUGAAUUUUUAAUUGCAAACAUUUCAUUAAGCCAAUUAAUUUGAGCGUUUGUAUUUGGCGCAUAAAGCAUAGAAUAAACAACAGUUGCCACAAAUUAA